AUGGUUCUCGAAGAAGCAACAAAUCACAGUGAGCCCAACUCGUUCGGCGAGCUCCCUACACCAGACGAUGGCAAUGACGGCCAAACACCGACUCGCUACCACAUCAAGCUCGAUCAGCUGCCUCGACCCGUCAACAUAUUCAUGGUGCCAGUCCGAGACGAUGCUAUAGUCAAGACCAUCUUGAGAAGCUGUCAAGAAGCCCAAUCAGUCAUACACCGCCCACUGCGCCAGGAAGAAGUCGACGCUAUCAGCUACCACUUUGCAAAAUCACUACGGACGGUAUCAUGGGGUCCGCCACUCGGUAUCCUUGGUGGUGCUGUCGCCGCAUACCGCAGCAUGAACAACUUCCGCUUCCCUGGUUACACUCCUAAGACCGAGGCUGAAGGUGGUUCAUUCAACCCUGAGCGCUUUGGUCCUGUGCGUGGACAGAUGGCUCGCUAUGCCUGGCACACGCUGCGUUUCCAGCUUUAUGGUGCUGUGGGCAUAUUUUUCGGCGGUCUGUUUGCUGCCAGUUAUGCCACUUCGGUAAAUGCAGUCGAGACUGGCUCGGAUCCUCGUAUGAAAGAUUAUAUUGAGGCGCUCAAGGAGCGCGCGCAAAGACAUACCGGUCAGCUGCAACCUCAAGGUCAGCGCAAUCCGAUAAUGAGUCAAGAAGGUCGCAUGGAUCAACAAGCACAACGAGCAUCGCAAAGACUUGGAAUGGAAGAUGCCUGGAAGCGUCAAGAUGUUCAGCGCAAGGCUUCCGACUAUGACGACAUGAGUCCUACUGGUGGUGCUUGGAUGGACGACUACAAGCAGGAAACUCAGGAUACUGGCCUCUUGACAGACGAGCAACUUAAUGCCCGCGCCCGCAAGGAACAAUCAAACGCAGACCGUGCUGAACGACUUGAGGAGUCUAGAGUCGCAGCUCAGGCACAAUCUCGUGUUGAACAGUCGCGAAGAAACAACCACAACAGCAGUGACGAUGCAUCCCCACUGGGCACUUCACAGCCUGCACCCGCUCCUCGCUCUUCAGGCAGUGCAUGGGACCGCAUUAGACAAGAGUCUGCGAGCUCCAAGGGCUCUCCCCGCCAAUCACCCACCAACACCCCUCAGAUUAGAAACGAACAGCAAGAAGGCUCAACGCUGGGCGAUUCAUUCUCUUUCAGCUCGUCAGAUGAGGAGAGACAACUAGCCAAGGUCGAAGCCCAGAAAGAGUUUGACGCAAGAGUGGAAAGAGAGCGUCAAGGAGGCGACUUUUCGGAGAGCGGCGGUCAAGGAGGUUGGAGAAGAUGA